GGUUACGUCACAUACCAAGCAUUCAGACACGAUCAAAGUUAUUCUACUGGAAAUAUGGAAUUACGGUUGCACUCUCCAGCUGGAGCUGAACCCAUAGUAUAUCAGUGGCCCCUUACUUCUGGGUCAGGAUCAGAUCGACAUGACGGAGCACUCGAUGUUGUGGAAACAAUGCGAUGGGUAUGCGAAGAUUUACCCGAUUUGAAAAUACCUCUGGAAAAUAACAUUCUUUGCAACUAUGAUACGCAUAAUUACGAGAGUAUGAAAAAUUUAUGCGACAAAUUUAACCGAGCUAUUGACAGUCGGGUCCAAUUGGAAAAAGGUACUAGUCUGCCAAUGCAAAGACUAAAUAAAAGACCUAGUAGAGGGUUACUCCGUCAUAUACUUCAGCAGACGUAUAAUCAAGCAGUAGUAGAGCCAGAUAAAUUGAAUCAGUACGAACCCUUUUCGCCAGAAGUCUAUGGAGAAACAAGCUAUGAACUUGUCUGCCAAAUGAUUGAUCAAAUUGCUGUCACCGACGACGACGUAUUUGUAGACCUAGGAUCUGGCGUAGGGCAGGUAGUUCUUCAAAUGGCAGCUGCUACUUCUUGCAAAAUUUGCAUAGGCGUAGAAAGAGCUGAUGUCCCAUCCAGAUAUGCACAGAGCAUGGAGUAUAACUUUCGGAAGUGGUUAAGUUGGUACGGUAAGCGUUGUGGAGAAUACCGGCUGGUUAAAGGAGAUUUUCUCGCUGACGAACACCGUGAAAGUAUAACAGGGGCCACUAUUGUUUUUGUGAACAAUUUCGCGUUUGGUCCAACGGUAGAUCACCAAUUGAAAGAACGUUUUGCCGACUUGCGAGAUGGUGCGAGAAUCGUUUCAUCAAAAUCCUUUUGCCCGCUGAACUUCCGCAUUACUGACCGUAAUCUUAGUGAUAUAGGUACCAUAAUGCACGUCUCAGAAAUGUCCCCGCUAAAAGGGUCUGUGUCAUGGACUGGAAAACCAGUCUCGUAUUAUCUUCACGUUAUUGACAGAACGAAAUUAGAGAGAUAUUUCCAUCGGCUGAAAAAUAACAAAUCUGGGGGAUUAGACAUGGAACAAUCUGAUUCUGUGAUUAGUAACACUGCCAGCCACAGUAGUAGAACGUCAAGUCGAGGUGCUGAGAGGGGUGACCGGGCCAAAAGAGAUCUCUCUAGGCAACUCGACAGCCCCAAUCACUCCGAGCAACUGGGUACAAACAGCGAUUCUGAUUUAGAAGAAAGUAGCUUGAAGAAUCGCCGGCAGCCGUCUAAACUUCGUAGAAAAUUAAAUCGUAAACCCUCCAAUGGAGUUCCUAGGCCUCCAGCAAGAGGUCGCCAAAGAGGCAGAGGUGUGAAGAAAGCAAGGCCCAAGAAAGCUAUCAAUAUUUCGGGCCUGGAUUUACUUCACAGCCAAACAUUAUUGAGUACUUCACCCCAAGCACUCGGUAAAAAACCACCUCCUGCCCCUGGAUGCGUUGAUCAACAUCUUUCUUCUUUAUCACUUGCGCUCCAGCCGCAUUCUACUUCUGUUCAUGAAGAAUUAAGUAUACCAGCAGCCCCAUCUGCUACUCCUUAUGCUCUGCAAAUUUUGCUUGAUCUUCAUAGGGACCAAUUUAUGGUGAUGCUUGAGUCUAUGAGGACACCUGCUUACAGAAUAUCUGUAAAUACGGACAUCGCAAAAGAACGAGAGAGAAAUUCAAAGUUGCAGUCUAGAGCUGCUCAACUUGAAAAACAGAUAAAAGUGUUGAUUGAUGACAGUGUAGCAUUGUUGAAAGCUAGGAUGACAGAAUUGGGAAUUAAUGCAACUUCUCCAGGAGAUUUGUUGGCUAAGGCAAAGGAGAUUGUUUUAAGGCACAAACAGCUCCAAGCCAAAGCAAGUAAACUCCAAGCUCAAGUAUCUUCUAUGGAAGCUGAACAAUCUAGGCUCACAGCAAUUAGACAUCAAGAACUACAAGAAAAGUACAACAGUCAUACUCACAUCAACAGUCUUGCAAAUCCACCACAAUCCCUAACUCAAGACUAUAUAUUAAAAGAAAUAUCCGCCACCUUAUCGCAACGGAAGAGGCUGCAUACCCAGGUAUCAAAAUUGGAGCAUGAGCUAAAUGUGUUAGAACGAGUAAGCAAUGAAAAACCACCAGUGGCAGUGGUUCCGCAACAAUUGCGUGAAGUAGUUGGGUCUAAACAUACUCAAAAUCAGCACCAAUCGCUACAAAACAAAAGUGGUUUUUCACGUAAAAGUAGAGAAGGGCGUUCCAGAUCUCAGGAGUGGCCGGAUGUUCCUGACAUAGCAAAGAUUCAAGAGAAUAAUCCUGAAAUUUUAGCGCAAAAAAUCUUGGAAACAGGAAGACAGAUAGAAGCUGGUAGAAUACCAAAUAGAUCAAAUACGAACACGGUCACCACUGCCAGAGCCAAAUUACCUCAAGCAACGCUUAGCUUCUCGUCUACGUCUUCGUCCGUUCAAUCGCAAGUCAAUAGCAGAGAAUCGAUACACAAAGGCCAGGAACCGCCGAGAGUAGCUAAUUUUGAAGAUAGGUUAAAGAGCAUUAUCACGAGUGUUCUUAACGAAGAUCAACAAAAUAGGAGUAAGCAGAUGCAGUUGCAAGUGCAGCAGAUGCAGCGGCAAGUGGAACCAGAGAGGAAACGUGUUGCGUUACCACAAAAUGUUACCACUCCUGAUUAUACGCAGGUAUCUCCAGCAAAAUUGGCACUCCGAAGACACCUCUCACAGGAGCGUCUCUCUUCUCAUUUGACCACGUCAGACAGAUCUACAGUUGAUGGCCGACAAUUGCCGCCUGACAGUCGAAUAGCAGGAGUAGCAGGAAAUGUGGAAGGUGGAGGAGGUGCAGGUGCAGGUGGAGGAUCAGGAACUGGAACUGGUUCGAGUCCAGGAAUAGGAUCAGGAACAGGGGUAGGAGCAGGAGCAGGAGCAGGAGCAGGAAGAGGUGGCGGAACAACAGGUGAAGGAGGAGGAGGAGGAGGAGGAGGAGGAGGAGGCAGAGGUAGUGGGGGAAUGCUCGGGACCCGAACCAUUGGUGAUCUAGUGAGUGGAGAAAUUGAACGAACGCUUGAGAUCUCAAAUCAGACCAUCAUAAAUGCUGCAGUAGACAUGAGCGUUAUGGCACGUGCUGAAGCAGUCUAUUCACCAAUUAGUAGACCUGCUAGUGCCGAGGGCGAUGCGGGGUUAGUAACUCUAGCACAUGUAGCCAGCUACGCCCCCACUCCCACUCCAACUAGCAGUUCCACCCCCAUGACUGCUACUCGGUCAUCUGUUCUGUAUACUCCUACCACGCAACCACAGAGAUACACGCCGGUUCAGCUACCUCGAGCUGAUAUCAAACCUUAUCAUGAGUCUUACUUUACCGAUACUCCGUCGCAAAUUCCCACACAGUCUCAUCCUUCCCUACCCGUACAAUCGUCUCAAACAAUAGCCAACGGUGAAUUGCUACCUGUGGAAGGACUAGCUGCUUCUCUACAUGCGCGGUUACUCAACAACCAAAACACCACCACCAGUACUGUCAAAAGUGAACCAACUGUUCUGGGCAGUAGAAGGUAUCAACCAUACCCACGUUAUACAACUGGGAAUAGCAGUAGCAAUGGUAGCGGAGCUCCAUCGCAGUCACAUGCGGUGGUAUUGAUAAAAACUGAAACACCAGCUUCGAGUGUAAGCACGAGCGGUGCCCCUCUGAGUCCUUUGGUGGAACCCCACUCCAAUACGUCUACACCUCUAGUCGAUGAACCGCAAAUGACAAAUCAACGACAGCGAAAUGCAACAGGGGAUGACGAUGGGGAAGCUGACUGGCAGGACCGAAUCACCUCAGGGUUUGACCGACUAGUUGCAUUUGCAUCCACCGAAUUGGAUAAACGAAGAAGAUCGACCGAAGGAGUAAAUACUAGCCCAGAUAGCGGUUUGGGUUCUGAUAGUACAGUUACCGGUCCCCCACCUGUAGCUCCCUCCCCCGAUGAGGCUCUAGGUCCCCCACGAACCCCGUCUCCAACUAGUCCUCGUCCCCCAAAUCCACCAGCGAAUAAUAUCACUUCAUCGGUACCCCUCAAGUAUCAACGACAACAGCCUGACCCAGAGCGACACCAUUUCAAAAAGAAAUUUUUUCAUAGGGAUUGGAAUAACUCGGGGGGGACUAGUAAGUUUCGCCCAAAGGGAAAGGACUGGGAUUGGCAUAGUUCUGGGCAAUGGCCUCCUAAUGGUGAUCAGUCCUAACCCAUCCCUUAACAGCCCACUUAUUACAACUAAAGCGCUUUUCACCAUUGAAUCGGAAAUUCAAGUUUACCGCAGAAAACUGAUUUCUUCAAAAUAUUAGCUAAAAUCCGAUGUUAUGUUAUCUGGAGUAGAUUCUUCAAAUGUAUAUCAUAAAUUUAUUAGACUUAUUUCAUUAUACAAAAUAUGGAUAAACCAAAGCAAUGAAUAGCCACCUUUCCUAGAUGUAACAUCUAUGAAGUUGUGCUGUCCAUACGUUAACAUAACUGACAUGAAUUAUCGUGGUGCCAGCGAAGUGGUGGUUCUUCAAGUAUACCGCCAGGAAAAUUAAACUCUGCCGUUAUUGCGUUUAGUCACUAAUAUAAAAGGUGGAAACUGUUGUCAAUGAGAGUAGCCGUGUCAGUAUAGCAGGUAUGUCUUGAUCUGGACGUAUUAAAAUUUGGAGUCUAUUACAUUGAGUCACAAUUAGCUAAAAAUACGAUGAAUUCUGUCAGAUUUUGAUGUCACGAUUCAUAGGAUAUGUUUAUGUCACGAUUUAGCGAAAUUUUGUAGUGCCGUCCUACGUCGUUUCUCUCUAUUAUCGUAUGAAAAAUUCUUUAAUUUUGGAUGUAUUCGAGACUCUGAAUUUUUUUACUUUGUUCGUGAAUAUUUGUUAUUAACAAUCUUAGGUUUCAUGCAAUCUCUAAUUGAUUGGUUGUAUAGAUUUAAAAAAUCUAACAACAUUUAGAAAGUCUGCCAAGCAGAAGGUGAACUAUUUUGGAGUUAAUCAGUUUUCAUUUCCAUGCUGCAGCAUAAUUCAAGCACACGAAAUAAUGAAAAACGUAAGAUGUUGCAAAAGAAUGUGAUUGUACCCGAUGAAUGUGGAAAGCACUUUGUUUGCAAUGCAUAACUGUAAUUAAUGAAUAAUUAUUUGAUAACCCCCUAUACAAUGGUACAUACAUACAUAUAGUUAUUGUGAUGUAGUCACCUACCGACUGUAGCAUGUUACAUACACUGCCGAAUCUAUAUAGAUUAAUUUUAUUACUAUUGAUCAUGAUUAUUAUUUAUUGUUUUUAUUGGAAUAUUUUAAUACUAAGGUUUUUGUAACGAG